UCUCCAUUUUAUUAUUUUUAAGUCUAAGUUCCAAACAUAUCCAAUUCAAUCAAAGGCCUCGUUUCCAAGAAAUUCACUUCAUAUAGGUAUUGCUGGACCUAUAAAAUACAAGUCCUUCCCUCUGGAUCUAACAUCAGCUACCAUCUAUCAUUCAGAAAUUUGAUUCCCUGAGAUUUCUGCAAUCUACAAAAUUCAACAUGGGAAUCACAACCUACACACAGGAAUAUUCUUCCACUGUUGCCCCAUCACGCAUGUUCAAGGCCUUGAUUGUAGACUCCAAGAAUUUGCUUCCAAAGCUCUUACCUCAGUUUGUAAAAGAUGUGAAUGUAAUCCAAGGUGAUGGAGAAGCUGGAAGCAUUGAACAAGUGAACUUCAAUGAAGCUAGCCCUUUCAAAUAUCUGAAACACAGGAUUGAUGUGCUUGAUAAGGAAAACUUGGUUUGCAAAUACACUAUGAUUGAAGGGGAUCCUUUAGGUGACAGACUUGAGUCUAUAGGUUAUGAGGUAAAGUUUGAGGCCACUAGUGAUGGAGGUUGCCUCUGCAAAAUGACUAGCAAUUACAAUACCAUUGGGGAGUUUGAUGUUAAAGAGGAAGAACUAAAGGAAGGAAGGGAGAGCACUAUUGCAAUUUACAAAGUUGUGGAGUCAUACCUGCUGGAGAAUCCACAAGUAUAUGCAUAAUCAUUUAUUUGUUAGUUUAUUUAUUGUUUCAUGUUUCAUAAGAUAUACAAAUUUAUUCAAAUUUUUAGUAACAGUGUGCAACUAUAGGGUUGUUUAGAAUGGUUGCAAAUACUUGAAUUCCUUAAUAAGCCCCUGCUGUAUUAAUAGCCAAAAGGGGCAGUGGAUUGGCAAAAAUACUUGUACUUUGGUAGUAACAGAGGUGAAGAGCGUUUUGUUUUUUACCUUUACAUGAAUUCCGAUGUACUUAAAGAAAUAAGAAAUAACUCAUUUCUGUUGUGAAAA